AUGCCGCGUAGUGAGUUCGAGAGCCGCGGCGUACGUCACGGCAAGAUCGCCACAGAAGGUCACGUGAUCCCCAGAGGCCCGGUGAUGCGACGGUUCUUUGACGCCAUGGACGCCUACCUGGCCGACAAGGACAAAAGCGGCGUGGUGGGCGUCCACUGCACGCACGGCGUCAACCGCACCGGCUACAUGGUCUGCCGCUACCUGAUCUCCCGGCUGGGCUUCACACCGGACGCUGCCAUCGCCGCAUUCAACAAGGCGCGCGGCCACAACGUAGAGCGGGCCAACUACCUGGACGACCUGAAGGCGGCCGCCUGGCCAAAUGUGCAUCCAAAGCAAGAGGUCUCUGCUUUCUUCUGCGCCAUCGGCAUCACCACAUUCGCCACCGAGCCGUAA